AGUGAUGAUGAUGAGGACGACAACCUUAACUCUGGACCGAUUGACAUACAAGUUCUGUCUAAGCAGACAGGAGACGGCAACAACGGCGAUGAAUCUACUUCUACGGCUAUGACUUUGCUACCACAUGGCACCGAAGCAUCUAGAGCAGCACUAAAACUACUCCGGCCAAUUAUUGCCCAGUUGGAUAGCGAGGUUGAUUAUAAGCUAGCAAAUUUUUACUAUUAUUUGUCUAAGUGA